UAUAAUCGGAACCUUGUCGUCGUCUAAAAUUGUAAAACAAUAGACGACUUGACGUUUUUUUUUUUUUUUCCUUACAGGUGGAAGGGACUUGAGGAGGCGAAGGAAGGCUUGAUUUGCCUUUUGAACAGCUGCUGUCCUAAGUACACUUUCCAGCGAGUUCUAGAAGAGAGAAGAAACGGAAACAACUAAAAAUCAUCAUCAACCUGAAAACAAGACCACAGCAGCAUUUUGAUUCAGUUAUUGAAGCAGAAGUGAGAUAAAUAUUACAAAACCAAUUUAAUCGAUGGAGAUGGAGAAACAAUCACCGUCACCGUCGCCGCCGUCUCUGCAAUCAGAAUCGAGCUCGUUAAGAGAACUACAACGCGUCGGUACACUGGAAAUCGCUAGACCUAAACCACCUGUCGGUUUUCUCUGCGGUUCUAUCCCUGUUCCUACUGACAAAUCUUUCCACGCCUUCAAUUCCGCUCUCGUUCCUUCUUCUCGCCAAACAUGUAGUGUUAGUGCACCGAGGUACCGGAUGUUGCCGACGGAGACUGAUUUGAAUACGCUCCCUGUGGUUUCUAACUUGCCGGAGAAAGUUCUUCCGAUUAGUGCUGCUGUACAGUCUAAGUUCAAAGGAGAAUUUCCUUGGGAUGCUGAUGCCAUCUCAUCAAAUCUUACAAGGAAAUGUGAAGCCCUUGCUGUAUCUGGUUUGGUGGAGUAUGGAGAUGAAAUAGACGUGAUUGCUUCAGCUGACAUUCUUAAGCAGAUCUUUAAAAUACCAUAUUCCAAGGCUCGAUUAUCAAUUGCAGUACGCCGUAUUGGACAGACUCUUGUUCUCAACAAAGGACCCGAUGCAGAAGAGGGAGAAAGGUUGGUCAGAAGACAUAAAAAUCAAUCAAAAAAAUGCACAGAUCAAUCUUUAUUUUUGAAUUUUGCUAUGCACUCAGUUAGAAUGGAGGCUUGUGAUUGUCCGCCCACCCAUCCUGCUUCAUCAACGGGGCAAUCAAAUUCAUCUGUUCUUCCAGGGGGAGAUGCAUCCCAGUUUGUGGGGCAGAGUGAUGAUGUCACUAGAAAUGAAGGAUUCAACCAUUGCUCAGAAUAUCCACAUGUUAAACAGGAUAACUUUUUUUGGGAGAGUAAAAAAAAUAAAAGAAAUAAGGGCCAUCAUCCUGUAAAGAAGUCUUCGCACCUUGGUGAGAAGCCCAGAAGCUCAAUGCAAGAAACUGAAAAGCAUAAAAGAGUCAGUAAUGAUGGAUUUCUAAGGGUUUUAUUUUGGCAAUUUCACAAUUUCCGCAUGCUUUUAGGAAGUGACUUGCUUCUGUUCAGUAAUGAAAAAUACGUUGCUGUCAGCUUGCAUUUAUGGGAUGUAACUCGACAGGUCACUCCGUUAACUUGGCUUGAAGCUUGGCUUGACAAUGUCAUGGCUAGUGUUCCUGAGCUGGCCAUAUGUUAUCAUCAAGAUGGUGUUGUUCAGGGUUAUGAGCUACUUAAAACAGAUGAUAUAUUUCUGUUAAAAGGCAUCUCUGAAGAUGGCACUCCUGCUUUCCAUCCUCAUGUCGUCCAACAAAAUGGCCUUUCUGUUUUGAGGUUCCUUGAAGAAAACUGCAAGCAAGAUCCUGGUGCUUACUGGCUUUAUAAAAGUGCUGGAGAAGACAUGAUUCAACUUUUUGAUCUUUGUGUUAUUCCCAAAACUCAUUCCUCCAACGAUUGUGAUGAUGGCACAAGCUCCCUGCCUUCUUUAAUGCAUAGAGGGAGAAGCGAUUCCUUAUUUUCUUUAGGAACUCUCCUUUAUCGUAUAGCUCACAGGCUUUCCCUUUCAAUGGCUCCUAAUAAUAGGGCCAAGUGUGCCAGAUUCUUCCAACAAUGUUUGGAAUUUCUAGAUGAUCCGGACCAUCUGGUAGUGCGCGCAUCUGCUCAUGAACAAUUUGCAAGGCUCCUUUUGAAUCAUGAUGAGGAGCUGGAAUUGACGUUUGAAUCACUCCCAGGAGAAUGUGAAGUUACAGUUCCAGUUGACUCCUCAGACCCCUUGAGUAGAUUCUCUGAAUCAGUUGCUUAUGAAAAUGUCUCUUCAGUUGCAGAAGACAGAUGGAGUGAGGAGGGAAAAGCUUUUCAGGAAGUAAUAUCAGAAGCCUCGGUAAAAAUGACUUUGGAGUCAAAUAUUUCGACUCCAGGAAAUUUGAUAGCAUUGGAUGAUACUGAAUCAAAAGAUUCAGGAGUUUUGCCUAGUUCCAGUAGUGACGAAAUGGUUGCUGUGUGCAAAGUUUCCCCAACACCUCCCCAUGCGGUGCAAACUGUGGCUGAGCCAGUCUCUUCUAAGUUAGCUGCAGUACAUCAUGUUUCUCAAGCUAUCAAGUCGCUCAGAUGGAUGCACCAGCUGCAAAGUUCUGAUUCAGAGUUGCUUGAUGAAGGCAGUUAUUUUGAUGGGCCACCUUCCUCAAUGAACUUUUCUGUUUGUGCAUGUGGUGAUGCUGAUUGUAUCGAAGUUUGCGACAUCCGACAGUGGCUACCAACAUCAAAAGUGGAUGAAAAAUUGUGGAAACUAGUUCUUCUUCUUGGAGAAUCUUAUUUGGCACUAGGACAAGCUUAUAAGGAGGAUAAACAGCUGCAUCAAGCUUUGAAGGUAGUAGAAUUAGCAUGUGCUGUAUACGGAUCAAUGCCACAGUUCUUGGAAGACAGUAGGUUUAUUUCCUCAAUGGUUACUUAUUCAUCCUCAAUAAAAUGCAAUGAUGGAGAUGAGAAGAUGAUAUCGUGUGUUAGCAACAGAAAAGAAGUGAAAUCCAGCUCCAAUGACAGGUUUCUUGCUUAUGAGCAGUUUUCUUCUACGUACCUCUUUUGGGCCAAGGCAUGGACACUGGUUGGUGAUGUUUAUGUUGAGUUCCAUUUCAUGAAGGGUAAAGUGCUCUCAAAUCAAUCAGAGACAAAAUCUUCUGCUAGAGAGUUGAGAAUAUCAACAGAGGUCGUGAAAGAAGUCCAGAGGCUGAAGAAGAAGCUGGGGCAGCAUAAUCAGAACUGCAGUUCAUGCUCCUUGGUGAAUUGCAGCUGCCAGAGUGAUAGGGCAAGUAGCGGUAGCAGUGCAAGCAGUAGCAGUGGAGAUAAACACUCUGUAGCUUAUGGUAGAAAGCACAGUAAAAGAUCCCAUGCUAAGGGUGCCACCUACUCACUCAUGGGAGAUUCUGAUGAUGGCCGGGCACAUCACAAAGAGAAAAGUAGGAAGAAUUCUGGAGAAUAUCCUCAGCUUGGCAGAGGUGAUAAUGAUACUGCAAUAGAAGCUUCUGGUAUUGCAGUUGAUAAGCAUGAGAUUAAUUCCUUGGCAGAUGCUAAUUCUGAUGUAUUAGAGGGUGGUUUGGAAACACAUGAUGCAGGUUCCAUUUUGCCUUCUCAAAGUGAAACUACUUCAAAAGAAAAACCUAAACCAAUUAAAGGAGGGAUAUUUAAAUAUAUUAGCAAUCCUGCUGUCAGAGAUGCAGAAUUCAAUCUUUCUGCUGCUUUAAGUUGUUACCAAGAAGCUAGAAAGGCAUUGAGUGGACUUCCUACUGGCUCAGCAGAACUUCAAUCUGUAAUUAAAAAGAUAGGGUGGGUUUGUAACGAAAUGGGUCGGAAUAGGCUAGAAGGAAAAGAGUUGAACAAAGCUGAACUUGCAUUUGCAGAUGCCAUAGAUGCGUUCAGAGAAGUUUCUGACCAUGCCAACAUCAUAUUAAUUAAUUGUAAUUUGGGCCAUGGUAGACGAGCAUUGGCUGAAGAGAUGGUGUCCAAGAUGGAAAAUCUCAAAUCACAUCCAAUCUUCCAGAAUGCAUACAAGGAAGCUCUGCAAACUGCAAAACUAGAAUACAGUGAAUCCCUCAGAUAUUAUGGGGCAGCAAGAGCAGAACUAAAUGCUAUUGUGGAAGAGGAUGAUUCGGUGCCAACUGUCUUGAGAAAUGAAGUUCAGACUCAGUUUGCUCAUACAUAUUUGAGGCUUGGCAUGCUUUUGGCUAAAGAAGAUGUUACCACAAGAGUUUAUGAAAAUGGAGCAUUGGAAGAUAUGCCUGUUGUUACUAUUAGUCCGAAUGAAAAAAGAGACAGGAAAGAAGUGAGGAAGCAUGAGAUUUCAGCUAAUGAUGCCAUUAGGGAGGCAUUGACUGUGUAUGAAUCUCUGGGUCAAUUACGGAAACAAGAAGCUGCAUAUGCGUACUCUCAACUUGCUAGCUACCAGAGGGAUUGCUGUUUGAAAUUCUUGAAUUUGGAUCUAAAGAAUACCACUUUAAAUAAAAAUGGAAACAACAAUCUUCAGCGGGUGAAGCAAUAUGCAUGCCUGGCUGAGAGGAACUGGCAAAAAGCAAUGGACUUCUACAGUCCUAAGACACAUCCUGCCAUGCAUUUGACUAUUCUUAUUGAGAGAUCAGCUCUUUCAUUGAGCCUCUCGAGCACCUUACACUCAAAUGUGUUACUGGAGAGGCACUGAUCAAUUGCUUUUGUUCCAGAUGCUAGAAUCAGCUCUAGCUCGCAUGCUUGAAGGACGUCACAUAUCAGAUGCAAUAUCAGAUUCUUUCGGGACUGAUUAUCCUGAGAUAAAUUCCAAAUUCUGGGGUCAACUACAGAUGCUCUUAAAGAAAAUGCUGUCCUUGGCCCUCUCUGCAAAUGCAAAUAAGCCCGUCGCUUUUGCACAGCCAAUUCCAUCAUCGAGCAAGUGCGGAGAUGCUGGAAAACUCAGGGAGCUCUACAAAAUGUCCUUGAAGUCUUCUAAUUUAAGUCAAUUACAUGCUAUGCACACCCUAUGGACAUCGUAGUUUGAAGCAUCUGCAUUCUAGUCUUAAAUAUUUGCUCCUCAAAUUGCAAAGUGGCAGAGUGCCUGUAUAUAACAAGUUUCUGGCUGUGUGUUGUAUAGUAUCUUAUACCUUAGCAGCCAAUGAACACAUUCAAGGAUUUGAAAUAUAGUGUCUUCAAUAGGAUUCCAGAAGACCUGAAUUGAAGAAUUAGAUAUUGAUAGGAUUUCUUUUUCCCUUUGUUUUCUUAGUUUUCCUGCACCUAAACCUUAUACUCUAAGACCCUAAACCCUAGACCUAGAUAUGUAGUAGUUGUUUAAGAAUGUGCAUAGAGAAAACUGGAGCCCUAUUUAGACUAAUGUGAAUGUAUGAACGUAAAGCAACAUGUAAUGUUUUUUUGUUUUUAUCA